AUGACUGGCAAAAUAAACGCGUACGUCGAUUGCGUCUCACCUUACUCCUAUUAUGCGACGCUGUAUCUAAGGCGGAAUCGGAGCGCACUGGAGUCACAUGGUGUUCAGGUUGAAUUUCACCCUGUCUUCCUGGGCGGUAUCAAUGUUGGCUCAGGGAACAAGCCCCCAUGGACGCUGCCGGCCAAGGCAAACUACUCCAAGUUCGACUCUGAACGGGCUUGCAAAUACUUUGGUGUCCCGCAAAUCAAGACGCCCGACUUCUUCCCGAUCUUGUCAAUCAUGCCCCAACGCUGCAUGAUCUACAUCAAGCGCCACUACCCCCAAGAGCGCUACGAAACCACAUUCCUCUCGCUGUGGGAGUGGAUGUACUACAAAAACAUCGACAUCAGCAAGCCAGAGAAGCUAGCAGAGCUCCUCAAGACUCACAAGUAUUCUGACCAGGAAAUCAAAGAUAUCCUAGAGGCCGCUAAGAAGCCCGAGUACAAAGAAGCGCUGACUGCCAAUACGCAAGAGGCGCUGGAUCAAGGCGCAUACGGAGCGCCGUGGUUCUGGGUGCGCAAUAAGGAGGGCAAGGAAGAGCCGUUCUUUGGAAGUGAUCGGUUCGCAUUUAUGUGGCAGUUCUUGGGGAUUCCGUUCCAGGAUGUCACUAUUGUUGAGAAGGCCAAGUUGUAG